GCGCCCCGCGCGUGCCUUCAUGCCUUGCCGACCCACGCGCCCUCGCCGCUUCACUCACUCUACUCGGCGCUCAGUCGUUCCUGCGCGCUUAUAGAGAUUAUGCGCGCCGUCGCCGCACUGUGAAACUACGAUCGCGAGAUCGCGCGUACAGUGUAGUGAAGUGCCUAUGGAUGCGGUUUACAACUGAGAUUAAUGCUAUUGUGAUCUGCUUUGGAUUUGUUUAUUAAUGGGAGAGCAAUAGACGUCUCGAGAUGCGAUAUGCGCGCUCUGUGUUCGGUUCGAGGGCCGCUGGGCUGGGAGACGCGCGCGCUCGGCGCGGGCGCUCGCCUCCUGGCCCUGCGUAUGCCCGGCCAGCCUCAGCCAAUACACUUCGUCGUGGAAGCAAAGGCAAGGGUCAAGGAAUUGAAGACUUUGGCUCACGCGCACUCACAGCUUCUAGGCAUGGCCGAUACCGAACUAUUCGGUUUAGCUGUCAUGCAAAAUGGCGAAUACUUGUUCGUGGAUCUAGAAAGUAAACUUUCAAAAUAUGCGCCAAAGAGCUGGAGAUCUUCACAUACGCAUGGCUUAGACGCGAAUGGAAAACCUCUAUUGGAACUUCAUCUAGUAAUUCAAUAUUACAUAGAAAGUCCGUUACUAUUACAUGAUGACAUUGGGCGCCAUUUAUAUUUCCUUCAACUGCUUGAAAAUAUACGCACAAGGGACAUGCUGCCUGCUGAAAUACUUCUACUGCUAAUUGGCUUAGCACUGCAAGCUAAAUAUGGCGAUGAAGAUGCUUAUGAGGAUCAGGAAUAUUUUAAAGUCGAAGAACUUGUACCGCCGUCACUCACUGGUGAUUGGGUAUUAUCGGCUAUACGUGCUUGUCACCGUGAGCAUCGCGGUCUUACAAAAUCAGAUGCGGAAGUCAGAUUUAUUCGUGAGGUUUGCCUUCUACCAGAUACAAUCAACUCGCACAGAUAUCGGCUUAAGAAAUCUAAAACAGAAACAGAACCGGGAUCAAUGUGGCUUCUUGUCACAGCAAAAGGUAUUAAGAUUCUGCCUGACAACGGUCCUAUAUCAAAUUUCAUAUGGAGUUCCAUAGGAAAGUUAAGUUUUGAUAGAAAAAAGUUUGAAAUAAGAACAGAAGAGGGAAAAAUUACAUUGUAUUCUUCGAGUGAAGAAAAGUGUAAAUACUUAUUUGCAUUAUGUAAAGAAACACAUCAGUUUUCUAUGAAAAUUUCAUCAAAAUUAAAUGAAAUUCUUAAAAAGGAAGAGGAUGAACGAAAAACUUGUUUCGGCUAUUCAAAGUCAUUGACUUCUCAAUACUGUCAAAACAAAAAUGAGCAAAGAAUAUCCCUUAUCUCCUCUACAAGCUCAAACACAACUUCUGGUAUCGUGAGUGACAGGGUGCAAUCCGAAGACGAGUUGGAAAUAAUGAUUGAUUCACCUCCGGCUCCAUCCACUGAAAGCUUAGCAUUUGCUCAUUUAUUAGAUUACUCAAAAUCUUAUAUGAUUCGAUACAUUCCUCAAGAAGCACCGUCAUUAAAAAAGUCUUCUUCGCUUCAACAACAAAAAUGUAAAAUGCGAAUUAAAAAAAGUAAAGAAGACGAAAGUGUUCCUAAAUACGAUUCUUCAUUAGAAGUCGGGCAAGCUUCAACAAAUCAAACCGAUGAGACAGGGUCUUUACCAGACCAAAGCAUUGGAGCUGAAAAAUUGACAGAUAGUCCAAUCUCAAGUAAAUUAAAAUGUACCGGAUCACAAUGCUCGUCUUCAUGUAGCACUGUCAUAUUAAAACGUGGGGGCUUAAGUACACUAAGUAGAGUAUCUAAUGCAAGCAGUUUAGAACUAGGAUAUAGUCACACAGCACAAAAUUCUAUGCUAAGUGAUAACAGUAAUGUUGGGAUAGACGGAUUAUAUACACAGGACACCGCAUCCGCUUUAUAUGAUGGGCUAGGACAACCCGUCACUGCUGCUGCAUCGAGUGAAACUAGUGGGGUUUAUACAAUGGGUAGUUCUGAAUUAACAGCACGUUCAAAAUUAUAUGCUCAUUCCGAAGAAAGUCGUACAGAAUACAGUGAAUCACAUUACGCUAGUUACGAAAUAUCGAAGGAAAACGAUUUAGCUGAUUUCGAUAGUGUAUCAUCCAUACUAAAAAACAAAUCGGAGAGAACGAAACAUUCACCGAAAGGUUUAAGAUUAACCACUCCUACAAAUAAUUCUGACUGCGUUGAUGGCACACCUCAAUUUUGUGAUGUUGAACACGACGAUAAAGAAAAUAUUUUUCGUGAACGCAGCAAUUCGAAUGUCAGCGCGAUUUCAUUUCAUGGUGAUGGAAGCGAUCCAACGGAUAAUAAACACAACUUACUAAGUGCAAGUGAAUUGAGUGAUUUAAUAGUAGGUAGAGGUGUUUAUCCUAAAAAUAAAUCAGUGAGCGACACGUUUGAUUCUGUGUCAGAUUACGUAAGAUUGCCAUUACCAUUUUCUGGUGAUAGUUACCUUCAAGGUCAUGAGGAUACGGCACCUUCAGACGAUAACUAUCCUAAUAAUUCGUUCUUUGAUCGUCCCCCAACUCCACCAACAAGAAUCGAUAGCCGCAAAGGACUUAAUUUGUCUCUACCUAAUAUACUGGAUUUAGGUGAAGAGGUGCCAGUCUUCCCACUGUGUCCUGAUAAACCGCCACCACCAUAUGAAUAUAAGCAUCUUACACUUUCACCGCACGCUGCAAUACCACCUAAACCACCGCCUGCUUAUCCUGGCACACCAGUAUCGAAUUGUCCUAUACAACUUGAUAAGAAAGAAGAGGUUGCAGCAAGAGUUGUAACAUCUAAGCCAAUGAUUAAUAUAUUGAAAGCAGAAGCAGGCGAAGUCAAUGCUUCUGGUGAACGCACAUUUGCUAGUCCAAUGGUUUUGGAACACCGCUUCCAGAAGUCAAAAAGACAUCAAGCAUCUAGUCGUAGAGCUGAAAGAUCUAAGUUAGCACAGGGACUUAGCAGUAAUCUUUCACCCUCGAGAGAAAUAGCACCACACAUAGAUUCUAACGUCCUUGUUGCGAUGAUGAAACUUCCGCCACCACCACCACCACCUCGUCGGCCCAGACUGCCACCACCACCGCCAGUAUCACGCCUACCUCCGCCGCCGCCUCCACACAACCCAAUGUUUCACCAGCAGUUAUAUAGUGACGUCGAUUAUGUCUACUAUCCGCUUCAAGAUCCAUCUAUAUCCCAGCAAAACUAUGUGGACCAUAAAAUAACAGAAUCACGAAUUUCUAAUUUGCACAAAAGUAGUAUACAGUACCGAAGUACACCAUACCUAUCGACCUCUUUGUCAGCUUCAUCUCCGUAUGGGUCCAUACAAAAUCUUUCAGACUCUUAUAUUCAAAUACCUGGCACCCGAACAAGUUGGUACUCAAUGACAAGUAGAACAUCUGUUAGUAGCCACUCUAUAAAUUUGGAAAGACCUCCAAUAAUGUCUUGUCUAUCUACACCGGAGCCUAGUUUUAUUCGAACGAAAUCUCAUGAAAAUAUACUUGCAAUUAAGGAUCCACCUCGAAUAAAAACGAGGCGUAUGCCACCACCGCCUCCACCGCCUUAUGAACACAAGAAAAAGAUUCCUUCCCAUUUAAAGGAGUUAAAAGGACCAAAUUCUAGCACAUUUAAUAGUGACAAUAGUGUAACUAAACUAAAAUCCACUAAUUGUGAUUUAGAUAUAAAAACUCUCAGAGAAAAAAGUAAAAACUUAGACUUGCCACUAAUUGCUGCAUUGUGUAAUGACCGAUCGUUAUUAAAACAAACUAAAGCUUUUGGUGCCACAAAAAUAGUUAAACAAACAGGUAGUGACUGUGAAAGUGACAAAAAAAGUGCCAAGUCUGCUCAAAUCACCACCGAUAACAUAGAUAUUAAGAAUAAACAAGAAAUAAAUGCAAAGCGUGUAGUGACCGGGCCUCAAAAAAAAAUAUUAAUAAGAAAUCCAACAGAUAAACUUCCAGCUUUGCCCGGAUCUGAAACUCACACUCCUAGAGCUCUAUCCAAUACAUAUGUUAUGCACCCAAACAUAGGGAAACUUAAAAAGAGCCAACCUAGCUCAUGACAUUGCUUUAAAUCUAAGAUUAUUUAAAAAUAAGAUUUUCUUGUUGUGAAUCCUUCCAGUGCUAUGAUUUUAUAGUUUUCAUCCACCAUUUUUAUCGUAACAAAAGACUGACAUUAGAUAGUAACAAUCCCACUGAUAUUAAUGAAUAGAUGGUAGGUUUUUUCAACUAUCAAAUAUUAGAAAAAAAUUAUGUGGAAAUCAGAAACUCGGCAUCCGUGUGCUCGAGUCUUAAUAAUACAAACUUUUUGUAUCAAUCGUUACUUACAAUUGACAACAUUUCAAAUUUUUAAUAUGCUUACAUUAUCGUUUGAAACUAGUGAGAAAAGAAAUAAUGUAACCCUCAAAUUUAAUGCAUCUUAAAAAAUUCAAUGAUGUCUCAGAUGCAUUAAAACGAUAAUGGCCAUAAUACUCAAAUUAGUAGGACAGGUCUAAAAGCAGUGCUGUACUUACUAUUCACAAUAUUUCCUGUAAAAAGGAAAUUGCACUAUUUUCAGACCAGUCAAUUUAGUCAGAAUUAUCAGCAUUGGCCUUGCGACAAGGACAUAUAAUAUAUUAAGAAAUGCAUGUAAUACUUUGCAUGACAACCAACACAUAUUGGUAAUCACAAAAAAAAAAUAAUGCGCUAAGAAAUGACGGAU